AUGCUUCCUGGAGCCUGGCUGUGCUGGGCCUGCCUCCUGCUCCUGGCCAGGCUCUCCCAGCCCUGCCCUGUGGGGUGCGACUGCUUCAUCCAGGAGGUGUUCUGCUCUGAUGAGGAGCUGGCCUCUAUCCCACAGGACAUCCCGCCCCACGCCACGGACAUCAUCUUCGUAGAGACCUCUUUCACCACAGUCAGAGCCAGGGCCUUUGGUGGCAGCCCCAACCUGACCAAGGUGGUCUUCCUCAACACCCAGCUCUGCCACUUUGAGCCAGAUGCCUUCGGGGGGCUGCCUGGGCUCCAGGACCUGGAGAUCACUGGCAACGCCUUUUCCAACCUCAGUGCUGACAUCUUCUCCAACCUGACCUCGCUGAGCAAAUUCACACUCAACUUCAACACUCUGAAAGCUCUGCCUGAGGGCCUCUUCCACCACAUGGAUGCCCUGGAGUCCCUCCAGCUGCAGGGCAACCAGCUCCAGACCCUGCCCAGGAGGCUCUUCCAGCCUCUGAGACACCUGAAGACCCUCAACCUAGCUCAGAAUCUCCUGGCCCAGCUGCCCGAGGAGCUGUUUGAGCCCCUUGGCAGCCUGCAGACCCUGAGGCUGAGCAACAACAUGCUGUCCGGCCUGCCCCCACGUGUGUUUGCCCGGCUGGGCAGCCUGCAGGAGCUCUUCCUGGACGGCAACUCCAUCGCGGAGCUGCCCCCGGCUGUGUUCUCGCAGCUCUUCCGCCUGGAGAAGCUGUGGCUCCAGCACAACGCCAUCGGGCACCUGUCGCCCGCUGUCUUCUCCUCCCUGUGCAGCCUGACCUUCCUGAACCUGCAGGGGAACGAGUUGCGGGUGCUGCCCGCUGGCCUCUUUGCCCACACCCAGGGCCUGCUAGGCCUGUCCCUGUCCCACAACCAGCUGGAGACUAUCCCAGAGGGAGCCUUUGCCAAAUUGUCCAACCUCAGCUCCCUUACACUCUCACACAACGCCAUCACCAAUCUCCCCCCCGGUGUCUUCAGGGACCUAAGUGAGUUGGUCAAGCUCUACCUGGGCAGCAACAACCUGACAGCCCUGCACAAAGACCUCUUCCAGAACCUGUCCAAGCUCGAGCUGCUCAGCCUCUCCAGGAACCUCCUGACCACGCUCCCAGAGGGCAUCUUUGACACCAACUACAACCUGUUCAAUCUCGCCCUGCAUGGCAACCCCUGGCAGUGUGACUGCCACCUGGCCUACCUCUUCAGCUGGCUACACCAGUACAGUGACCAGCUCUUCAACAUCCAGACCUACUGUGCGGGUCCUGCCUACCUGAAGGGCCAGGUGGUGCCUGCUUUGAAAGAGGAGCAGCUGGUAUGCCCUGUCACCCGGGACCUCUUGGGCUUCCAGGCUCCGGGGCUGGAAGACAGGGAGCCAGGGGACAGCUGGGAUCUGGUUGCGAAGGACAGGGCAGCCUGGAAACGGUGCACCUACAGCAACCCUGAAGGCACUGUGGUGCUUGCGUGUGAUGACAUCCAAUGUCGCUGGCUGAACAUCCAGCUGUCUCCCAGGCAGGGCUCAGGCUCCCCAGGAAUGGCGUACAAUGCCACUCAGGAGUGGGACUUGAAGUCAAGCUGUGGCUUCGUGAGGGUCACUGUGUCUAUUGAGACUCGGGCAGAGGACCCCUAG